GAGGGGGUGGUGCGCAGGAAGAGAGGGAGGAAAGUAGAUCGGUGGGAUUUGUGUGAGGAAAAAGUUUGCAAGUCUGGACAGAAGGCAAAAGUGUUCGAGAGAGACGGGCUUUGGGGAGGAGACGAGGUGGGAGGAAAGAAUACCUUCUUAUUUUACCCUCCAUUCUUUAAAAAAAAAAAAAGCCUAUUUCUCCUCCCUAAAGCCGACUGGCAAAAUUGGGACUCGCUCUCUGGCGGUCUCAGCUCUAGCUCUCUCCCAGUCUUAAACCCUCAAGACUAUGUCAUUUGAUCUGAGCCAGCCAGGGCUUUCCUGUGGGUGCUGAAGAAGCUGCGGGAGCUGAAGAAUGAAACUGCUUGGAGUCAGCCUGGUUACCGGCUGGUUCUUAUUGGCCCUGAGUCUUCGGGGGCAGCCUGCAGAGGCUGCGGCUUGCUAUGGGUGUUCUCCAGGAUCAAAGUGUGACUGUAGUGGCAUAAAAGGAGAAAAGGGGGAGAGAGGAUUUCCAGGCUUGGAAGGCCACCCAGGUUUGCCUGGAUUUCCAGGGCUAGAAGGGCCUCCAGGGCCUAGGGGACAAAAGGGUGAUGAUGGGAUUCCAGGGCCACCAGGACCAAAAGGGAUCAGAGGUCCCACUGGACUUCCUGGAUUUCCAGGGACACCAGGUCUUCCUGGAAUGCCAGGUCAUGAUGGGGCUCCAGGACCUCAAGGUAUACCUGGAUGCAAUGGAACUAAGGGAGAACGUGGAUUUCCAGGCAGUCCAGGUUUUCCUGGUUUACAGGGUCCUCCAGGACCUCCUGGUAUACCAGGUAUGAAGGGAGAACCAGGUAGUAUAAUUAUGUCAUCACUGCCAGGACCAAAGGGUAAUAUAGGAUAUCCAGGUCCUCCAGGAAUACAAGGUCCAGCUGGUCCCACUGGUAUACCAGGACCAAUUGGCCCCCCAGGACCACCAGGUUUGAUGGGUCCUCCUGGCCCACCAGGGCUUCCUGGACCAAAGGGCAAUAUGGGCUUAAAUUUCCAGGGCCCCAAGGGUGAAAAGGGUGAACAAGGUCUUCAGGGCCCUCCUGGGCCACCUGGGCAAAUAAGUGAACAGAAAAGACCAAUUGACACAGAAUCUCACAAAGGAGACCAGGGACUUCCUGGUGAGCAAGGACCUCCUGGACCUCCAGGGAUGCGUGGUCCUCCAGGCCCUCCAGGUGGUAUGAAAGGUGAAAAGGGAGAACCAGGAGAGCCAGGCAAAAAAGGUAAACCAGGAAAAGAUGGAGAAAUAGGCCAGCCAGGAAUUCCAGGUUUGCCUGGUGAUCCUGGUUACCCUGGGAAACCAGGAAGGGAUGGAGAAAAGGGCCAAAAAGGUGACAUUGGUCCAAUUGGGCCUCCUGGACUUGUAAUUCCUAAACCAGGGAUGGCUAUAGGAGAAAAAGGAAGCACUGGAUUACCUGGCUUGCCUGGAGAAAAGGGGGAACAAGGAUUUCCAGGAAUACAAGGUCCACCAGGUCCUGCUGGACCUCCAGGAACAGCAGUGAUUGGUCCUCCCGGUCCCCCUGGUUUUCCUGGAGAAAGGGGACAGAAAGGUGAUGAAGGUCCACCUGGAAUUUCCAUUCCUGGGUCUCCUGGACUUGAUGGACAACCUGGGCCUCCUGGCCUUCCAGGACCUCCUGGGCCUCCAGGCCCUCACAUCCCAUCCAGUGAUAAAAUUUGUGAAACAGGCCCUCCAGGUCCUCCAGGAUCUCCAGGUGAAAGAGGACUCCAAGGAGAACAAGGAAUGAAAGGUGACAAAGGUGACACAUGCUUCAACUGUAUUGGAACUGGUAUCUCAGGGCCUCCAGGUCAGCCUGGAUUGCCAGGUCUUCCAGGGACUCCAGGAUCUGUUGGUUUCCCUGGCCAGAAAGGUGAAAAAGGACAAGUCGGUGCAACUGGUCCCAGGGGCUUACCAGGCAUACCUGGAACCCCAGGUGCCCCUGGCUUUCCUGGAUCUAAGGGUGAACCUGGUGACAUCCUAACUUUUCCAGGAAUGAAGGGUGACAAAGGAGAAUUGGGUUCCCCUGGAGCUCCAGGUCUUCCUGGUUUACCUGGAACCCCUGGACAGGAUGGACUGCCAGGCCUUCCUGGCCCCAAAGGAGAACCUGGUGGACUUGCUUUUAAGGGUGAAAGAGGUCCUCCUGGGAGCCCAGGUUUGCCAGGUCUUCCAGGAGAUAGGGGGCCUAUGGGGCCUCAUGGUUUUGGCCCUCCAGGCCCAAUAGGUGAAAAAGGCAGCCAAGGUAUGGCAGGAAAUCCAGGCCAGCCAGGAAUACCAGGUCCCAAAGGUGAUCCAGGUCAGACCAUAACCCAACCUGGACAGCCUGGCCUCCCAGGAAACCCAGGCCGAGAUGGUGAAGUAGGUCUUCCAGGUGACCCUGGACUACCUGGCCAGCCAGGCUUACCAGGAUUACCUGGAAGCAAAGGAGAACCUGGUCUCCCUGGAACUGGCCUUCCUGGACCACCUGGUCCUAAAGGUUUUCCUGGAAUUCCAGGACCCCCAGGAGCACCUGGGAUACCUGGAAGAAUUGGUCCAGAAGGUCCUUCUGGGCCACCAGGCUUUCCAGGCCCAAAGGGAGAACCAGGAUUUGGACUACCAGGACCACCUGGGCCACCAGGACUCCCAGGUUUCAAAGGCAUGCCUGGUCCAAAAGGAGACCAUGGUUUCCCAGGACCUCCUGGACCUCCAGGGCGCACUGGCUUGGAUGGGCUACCUGGACCUAAAGGUGAUAUUGGACCAAAUGGACAACCUGGGCCAAUAGGACCUCCUGGACUACCUGGAAGUGGUAUUCAGGGACCACCAGGACCACCAGGCAUUCCUGGGCCAGUAGGUAAACCUGGCUUGCAAGGAUUACCAGGAGAGAAGGGGGAUCCAGGCCCCCCUGGCUUUGAUGUUCCAGGACCCCCUGGUGAGAGAGGGAGUCCAGGGAUCCCUGGAGCACCUGGUGCUGUAGGACCUCCAGGAUCACCAGGACUCCCCGGAAAAGCAGGAGCCUCUGGGUUUCCAGGUGCCAAAGGUGAAAUGGGUAUAAUGGGACCUCCAGGCCCACCAGGACCAUUGGGAAUUCCUGGCAGGAGUGGUGUUCCUGGUCUUAAAGGUGAUGAUGGUUUUCAGGGUCAGCCAGGACCUCCUGGCCCUGCAGGAGAAAAAGGCAGUAAAGGAGAACCUGGCCUUCCAGGACCUCCUGGACCAAUAGAUCCAGAUCUGCUAGGCUCAAAAGGAGAGAAAGGGGACCCAGGUUUACCAGGUAUUCCUGGAGUUUCAGGACCAAAAGGUUACCAAGGUUUGCCUGGAGAUCCAGGGAAACCUGGGCUAAGUGGACAACCUGGAUUACCAGGACCAUCAGGUCCCAAGGGCAACCCUGGUCUCCCUGGUAAUCCAGGACUUACAGGACCUCCUGGACCUAAAGGAAAUAUAGGUGAUAUGGGGUUUCCAGGUCCUCAGGGUAUAAAAGGGUCUCCUGGACCUCCUGGAGUACCUGGACUACCUGGUUCCUCAGGAUUUCCUGGGCAGAAAGGAGAGAAAGGUGAUCCUGGUGUUUCAGGCAUUGGUCUUCCAGGUCUUCCCGGUCAAAAGGGUGAACCUGGUCUCCCUGGAUACCCAGGUAACCCUGGAAGCAAAGGUUCUGUGGGAGACAUUGGUUUGCCUGGAUUACCGGGGACCCCUGGAAUGAAAGGACAACCAGGCCUUCCUGGAUUCCCAGGAACCCCAGGCCCCCCUGGACCGAAAGGUAUAAGUGGUCCUCCUGGGAAUCCUGGCCUUCCAGGAGAGCCUGGUCCUGUAGGUAGUGGAGGUCAUCCAGGGCUACUGGGACCCCCUGGUGAAAAAGGCAAACCAGGGCAAGAUGGUAUUCCAGGACCAGCUGGACAGAAGGGUGAACCAGGUCAACCAGGCUUUGGAUUCCCAGGACCCCCUGGACUCCCAGGACUCUCUGGUCAAAAGGGUGAUGGAGGAUUACCUGGCAUACCAGGAAACCCAGGCCUUCCAGGUCCAAAGGGUGAACCGGGUUUUCAAGGAUUUCCUGGGGUACAGGGACCCCCAGGCCCUCCUGGUUCUCCAGGUCCAGCUCUAGAAGGUCCUAAAGGGAAACCAGGACCCCAAGGUCCUCCAGGGAGACCAGGGCUACCAGGUCCUGAAGGUCCUAGAGGUCUCCCUGGAAACGGCGGUAUUAAAGGAGAGAGGGGAAACCCAGGCCAACCUGGACAACCUGGCUUGCCUGGUUUGAAAGGAGAUCAAGGACCCCCGGGACACCAGGGUAAUCCUGGUCAUCCAGGUCUCAACGGAAUGAAAGGAGAUCCUGGUCUCCCUGGUGUUCCAGGAUUCCCAGGCAUGAAAGGACCCAGUGGACUACCUGGUUCACCUGGCCCCGAGGGGGAUCCAGGACUUACUGGGCCCCCAGGUCCCCCGGGAUUACCUGGUCCUUCAGGACAGAGUAUUGUAAUCAAAGGAGAUGCUGGUCCACCAGGGAUCCCAGGUCAGCCUGGAUUAAAAGGUCUACCAGGAUUACCAGGACCUCAAGGCAUACCAGGUCCACUUGGCCCUCCAGGAGACCCUGGACGCAAUGGACUUCCUGGUUUUGAUGGUGCAGGAGGACGCAAAGGAGACCCUGGUCUUCCAGGUCAGCCAGGUUCUCGUGGUUUGGAUGGUCCUCCUGGACCAGAUGGAUUGCAAGGUCCGCCAGGUCUCCCUGGAACCUCCUCUAUUGCUCAUGGAUUCCUCAUUACACGUCACAGUCAGACAACUGAUGCACCACAGUGUCCACCGGGAACUGUUCAGAUUUAUGAAGGAUUUUCUCUUCUCUAUGUACAAGGAAAUAAGAGAGCUCAUGGUCAAGACUUGGGAACUGCUGGCAGCUGCCUUCGUCGCUUCAGUACCAUGCCUUUUAUGUUCUGCAACAUCAACAAUGUGUGCAACUUUGCCUCAAGAAAUGACUAUUCUUACUGGCUAUCUACCCCAGAGCCCAUGCCCAUGAACAUGGAGCCUCUGAAAGGUCAAAGCAUCCAGCCAUUCAUUAGCCGAUGUGCAGUAUGUGAAGCUCCAGCUGUGGUGAUUGCAGUUCACAGUCAGACCAUCCAGAUUCCUCGCUGUCCUCAAGGGUGGGAUUCUCUCUGGAUUGGUUAUUCCUUCAUGAUGCACACAAGUGCAGGCGCAGAGGGAUCAGGACAAGCCCUGGCCUCCCCUGGUUCCUGUUUGGAAGAAUUUCGUUCUGCUCCCUUCAUUGAAUGUCAUGGACGUGGUACCUGCAACUACUAUGCUAAUUCCUACAGCUUUUGGUUGGCAACUGUAGAUGCAUCAGACAUGUUCAGCAAACCUCAGUCAGAAACACUGAAAGCAGGAGACUUGAGGACCCGUAUUAGUCGCUGUCAAGUGUGUAUGAAGAGGACAUAACACUUUGAAGAAUUCCUUAUGUGUUAACUGUGACAUAUAUAUAUAUAUAUAUAUA